CAUGCACACUCGGCCCAGCAUCCGCAUCACCCCCCAGAUCGUCCAUUUCCCAUGCCCGAGCCUCAACACAAGCCACCUGCAGACAAUUACCAUCCAGAAUGUGUCAAAGUCCAAGCUGCGCGUUCUGAUUUCGGUCGUGGCUUCGCCCGUGUUCAAGCUGCAUCUCAAGAAGAAGGGCGAUCUGAUCCCCGGCGACUCGGAGGAGCUGGAUGUGAUCUUCAAUCCUCCGGAAUGGAUAUAUUACCAUGACGUCGUUACCAUUUACUCCUCGGCUGGGGACGCUUACCAGGUUUCGCUGCACGGUUACCCAGCCAUCCGCAACAUCAUUCCCAAGCAGAUCCGGUUUGAUCCUUGCCCCAUUGGCGAAGCAGCGAAGCAGAUCAUCAUGCUCCGGUCGCAAAUCCCGGUCGAAUUCGACUAUGAGUUCUAUUUUGAGGACGCUCCCGAGCCCAAUCCCUUCACCGUUUGGCCGCGGAAAGGUACCAACUCUGUCCUGGCUCUCGGCACAUGGGCAUCAGUCGCACUUGUCCUUGAGCGGUUUCUGAGCCCUUUGGUACUUCCAGGAACCGUUCACGUUGGCUCCGAAACACCUGUUACUAUCCAGUUCAGUCCAACAAACUUGCGCAAGACAACGGCUCGCCUGGGACUCAUGACUUCUCAGCUGGCCGCACAACCACAUUGCUGCCGGUUGAUCGGCACGACCCAAUUGCUGCUCCCGGACUUGCUGAAAGCGCACGACACCGAGAGCGAGGAAACGCCGACCGCUCCCAUGGAGGCAACACAUUCCACUGCCUCCGAACGGAAGCAUGGGCGAAGAAGGGGAGGCAAGCGGCGUCGUCCUUCAACUAAGACCAAGAAAACGGCCGAGUCCAGUCCAGUCAAGGAGCGCGACCUGUUUGCCAUGGAUGUGCAGAACCGGAAAGAGCUUGAAAAAUCAAAGGAGCUGCGCCGCUUUGUGUGCCUUGGAGAAGGGGCCUCGAGCGUCUCGGUGCCGAUUGUCGAAGACGACAACGUUGUCGUUGAGUGCCUCGAAGACAACCUCCGUGUCGUUCCGAGCGCCGCGACAGUGUUCAACAACACCCGGGUCGUCAUCGUCAAUGAACAGUCGCUAUCGCUGCAUCAUCUCUCGCGGCGAGACGACGGGGAGUGGCAGAACCAGCAACGGGUCGAGAAUUUAUUCUACCAGGCGGUCUGCACCGUCAUCAUACGGAAACGGGCAGAUAGACGCCUUGCCAAGUUGAAGCGCUUAUUUGAGACUGAUCUCGACGAUCCCAAGAGCCUGACGACACGAUCAAAGCCGCUCAAUGUCGAGUGCGUGAGCCACAUCCUCGACGAGUGUCUGGCCAUGGGAGCAAGACCACGAACUGCGCCGCCAAAAGUAUCCCGAAGACCUUGUUUCCUGACCGAGUCGCCCAUCAAUGCCGUCGAUGCGAUCAAGCAUGUAAAUCUCCUGAGCCCGGCCAAACUUACGCCUGUGACGAUCCCGUAUGAGAUUCAGCACGGCUACAAGCCAAUCGAGAGACCCAACCCCAACCUGUUCUCCGCUCCGAUCCCAAGCCGCUCCCUGCGAGCCCUCGACACGACUGAGAGGAGCUCUCCAAACCGGACGGAUCUGUCGACCGAGACGAUUCCCGAGCUCUUCAAGAAGCGCCCACCUGGGCCAAUUUCGAGCUGGAACCCAUAUGCAGAUCUCAGCCAGUCGAGGACUCCAUCAACAGGAUACACAGAAACCGAUCCAGAGUACUCGCUCUGCGCCAAAGGGCUGCUUUCGCUUGAAAGCAUGUCGACGGUGCAGGACGCCACGGAGCGGCUGAGAAAGUGCUGCAUCGAAAUGUGUCUUGCCCUGAACUAUCUUGAGGAAAGUGACAGCCGUCUCGGAGCCACCAAGGAAGCCGGUAGGCCGUCCGAGGUCCCAUGGAACUCAGUGGAUUCCGGAUUCAGAUACAAUCCCAAGCCCAUCGAGCACCUUCCAUCCGUGCCUACAUUCGACCUCAUCUUCACCGAGUUCCCUGCGUUCCCAGAUACAUAGCCACCGGACU